AUGGACAUGGUAAGUACAUACCUAACAACUCCUUCACAGAAUAUUAUGUAAUGCAAACAGCUCUAACAUGGAUACUGCCCUAGUUUAAUUCUAAGGCUCAAUUAUUAAUUUUCAAUAUCUAAAUUAGUAUAUUUUUCUAUUCUGUUAUCUUUGCUGCCUUAUGUAUAUUUCCGUCAGGCGUUAAUUAUUAAAAAUAAAAUAAUAUACGAAAUACUAAUUUAAUUUAUCCAUAUAUAAUUAAUCCACCUACUUUAAUUAUUUACUUAAGUAUAAAAAGUUCGAUUUUUUCACUUCAAUAGUUUUAUUCAGAUUAUCAAAUAAAUUCAUAUUCCAUUUAUGAAAAAGUGAACUAAAGUUCUGUAUAAUGUAAAACAAACAACGUUCAAUAAAUUAUACGUAUGAAGUAUAGAAUACCUAUAUAGAUAACAAUAUUGAGAUAUUGUCAUGAUAGCACAUCGACUUGAUAAUCACAACUGAAGUCAUUUUUUUGAUUGUUCAAGUGGUUUCCAUAAUAAUUGGAAAAUUCCGGGAUAAAACGUAAGAAAAACGGAAAAAUUUACGAAAAUAAUGCUUUUAUAAUUUCCAAUUUUGUUUUAGAUUCUCAGUGGAGCGAAAAAUGUAUUUAUUUUUUUUUUAUCUGUGAAUAACUUUCCUACCAGAAAUCGUGCUCUGGUUUACAAUUAUAGUACUUUUUCUAAAAGAAAUAUAACUAGGAAAGUACUCUAGGGAGGUCAUUUUUUGAUUUUCCCAAUAAAUGAGGAAACCGGGAAAAAAGGCACAGUAUAUUAAACAAAUAUUAUUAAAGAAAAUAUUUAAUGCAAAUGAAUUAUUUUACCAUAAUAUGAUACAUAAAAAUGUUAACAAAACAAUAUUAUCAACCGAAGUCCGUUCAGAAUCGUUUUUCAUUAGCAAUGGUUUAUUGUUGAUAUAUAAUCGUAUAAAUAACAAAUAGUUACAUAAGAGUUAAAUCGUAAAAGAAUAAAUUGUAUUCACGCACAGCUACUACAGAUAUACAUUAAAUUACCUACAACAGUGGUAGAAUCCGUCCCCAUUAUCCUAGAAUAGGAUUUUUUGUUGCAAUUCAGUUAAAAAUAUUCGUAUACUUGAAAUUUGGAUAGAAUCGUCAUAUUUUCGAUUUGACUUUUAUAGAAAUGGUAAAGGUUUCACACAAUUUUAGUCAUUUUUGAGUUAUUUAAUAUUUAUAUAUGUAGACAUUUCAAUUUUACGAGUCUUGUACGUAAUUUGUAUUCGAUAAAUACUUUGUAGAUACAAUUGUUAGACUGAAAUUCUUGAAAAUUUAACAGGAGUUUCAUUAUAAGUUGUACUUAGAGAUCAAAAAUAAAAAGUUGAGUUUAAUGUAAUAUUUUUAAUUUAAUAUCUAUCAAAUUUUGACGAAAAUCGGUUAAGUAUAAAAAUUAUGUGGAACAAAUCUAGUUCCUAGUUCAAGCCUAGUUCAAUUUUUCAAUUUUUUAAAUUCUGAGUAAAGCGAGGGAUGUAUUUGUUUUACAGUGAUAUUAAUUUUUUUUUUUUUCUAGCAAAAAUUUUGAUCCGAUUUACAAUGAAAGCACUCUUUUUAAAAGGAAAUUUGACUGGGGAGGUAUUCUAGAGAGGUUAUUAUUUGAUUUUCCCAAUAAAUGGGAAAAACCAAUAAAAUGUACGAAAUUUAUAGGUAUACCUAUUAGUAAAAAAAUAUUAUGGCUUUUUUUCUCUGUGAAUAACUUUUAUGCCAGUAAUUUUGUUCUGAUUUACAAUGAUAUCAAUAAUAACUGAAAGGACAUUUUAUUAAUUGGGAUGGUACUUUAAAGAGGUAAUUUUUUGAUUUUCCCAAGAAUUUUCAUAAUAAAUAUGAUAAAACGGGAAUAUAGAUACAAUAUCAAAUAAAUAUUAUUAAAGAAAAUAUUUAAUACUUAUUUAAUUAUUUUACUAUAAUAUGAUUUAUAUAUUGUUGACAAAGCAUCACUAUCAAGUAUCAACUGAUCUCCGCUUAGAAUCGUUUGUUCGUUAGCAAUAGUUUAUCGUUGCUUGAUAAACGACACAAUAAAAUAAUCAGAUCACAGUUGCACCACAUAACUAAAAUUCACCAGUCACAUAAUAUCUCCUCAGUAUGCUUCAGUAGUAGUGAUGUAUGCAAUGCAAUAAAGGAUUUGAAAGUAGGCAAAACGCCCGUGAAGGAUGAAAUUCAUCCAGAAUUCCUACGAAACCUAGGCCCAAAAACCCAUCUGUGGAUCGCAGAAGUUUUCCACGCAAUCUACAAAAGUGGUAGAGUCCCUAAAAGUUGGAAAACUGCUAAUGUGAUCGCAUUAUUAAAACCUGGCAAGGCAGCCGACAACCCAACCAGUUAUCGGCCUAUAUCACUAUUGAGCGUACUCUCAAAACUAAUGGAGAGAAUAAUACUGAGAAGAAUAUCCCCACUUAUCGAGCCAGAAAUUCCACCGUAUCAAGCAGGCUUUUGGCCAAAUCCUGGCUGUUGCAACCGAGUACUAUCUUUAACAUCACACUUAGAAAAAGGUUUCAAUGAUAAACUAAAAUCGGGAGCUGCCUUUAUAGGCCUUUAUGAUACUGUUUGGAAAAAAGGACUGUUUGGAAAAAAGGACUGUUUGGAAAAAAGGACUGUUGUGGAAAACAGCUAA